CAAACACGGGAGGGGAAACAGGGUGUGGUGUCAUCAAAAACCUGUGCUGCUCCCUCGCCGUUGCUUAUGAUUUCUGCAUCGGGCUGAAGCAGCACUGUGAGGUAAAGCCAGUGUCUCACUCACCAGCAUGUCAUGCACCACCUGAGGAUAAUCGUACACCAGCUUCCAGGAAGGUGUUACCUGAAAGUUGAUCCUUGUCUUACAACGACUGGCUGGACAGCUUGAUUGACGCUCGCUGAAACGAUGAGACGUGUUUCGAGACUCAUUGUUGUGUUCAUCAUUAGCAGUUUGCUUUUCAUCUUCAUCUACGUUAGCCUAAAUUUAGAGGCCGCCUAUAGACCAAAGGCUGUUCUGGAAGACUUUAUGAGACAUUUCAACGACCAGGUCCAGGACAAUGUUGUGACCAUACAUUUCUCCAAGACAAAUGUCUUCUCUGUGCCUCCUGAUGUUGGCAGUGUGUCUGUUUCCGAUGGUUUCAGAACGAUCAUCCCUGUCAACAGUGCGUACUGGAACCGGCAGUUGCACUCGGUGCUCAGGCAGCUGGACAACGGGGAAGACUUUCUCCAACGCAAUUCCGACUGGUCCCAUUGUGAAGACACUAAUCAAGACCAACUGCAAACCAACAUUCACGACUUUUCCUCUUACCCGUACAUGUUCCAGGAGUUUGUACGUGGCAUGCACUGCAUUUCUGCUCCAAUCCUGAUUAGUCAAACCCACAAGUGCACCUCAAACAUGGAUAACCAAGACAACCAGAUCUUCUUGCUUUUUGCUAUCAAGUCAAGUCCUGAGAACUUUGUGCAGAGACAGGCGGUGCGGGAGACAUGGGGUCGAGAGGGUGUGUAUCUCAGUGGACUGAGAGUGCGCACGGUGUUUCUUCUGGGUAGCGCCGCACUGGAUGAUCCCAUCCUCAGCCCUCUGCUGUCAUUUGAAGCUAACCAGUAUGGAGAUCUCCUGCAGUGGGACUUCUUGGACUCUUUCUUUAACCUAACACUCAAAUUCAGAAUGUUUCUCCAUUGGUCACUGAAGAACUGUCCUCAUGUGUCCUUUGUCUUCAACGGUGAUGAUGACGUAUUUGUCAACACGCCAGCAAUACUCCGCUACCUGACGUCUCUAGAUCCUUCAAAGGCCUCUCAGAUUUACAUGGGAGACGUCAUAAGAACAGCCAGACCCCACAGAAACCCCAAAAUCAAAUACUACAUUCCUGUGAGUUUCUACGACGGCCCGUACCCCGAAUACACAGGUGGAGGCGGAUUUGUCUUCUCAGGAUCUUUACUGCAGCCCUUGUAUUCCAUCUCACGUGUAAUUCCCUUCUACCCCAUUGACGAUGUCUACACCGGAAUGUGCGUCAAAGCACUGGGGAUUGUCCCAAAGGCACACACAGACUUUCACACAUUUGACAUCAAGAAGGAGGAUCGAGAGAAUCUUUGUGUCCAUAAAUAUCUUUUUCUGGCUCACCAGCGCACCCCACAGGAGAUAAAGAAGCUGUGGAAGGGCAUUCACAAUGGCUCUUUGAUUUGCAGAACCUAACGUAGAUCAUGGACCAAUGAAGAAGCACUAAUGCAAUUUGUACUUACCUCUCAAACUCAGCACACUUUCUUGUAUGUUGCCUCCACUUUCUUCAUUGAUGAUUAUUCAAAACAUUUUUUUUCUUUUUUGUGAGAGAGGACUGGAGAACAGUUUUACUUCUUUGCAGUAAUGCAUAUCUCAGGACUAUAGUUAGAUCUGCUCUGUGUAAGCCUGAUCCCGUCAGAUCUCAGAAGCUAAGCAGUGCGGGACCUGGUUAGUACUUGGAUGGAAGACCUCUUUGGAACACCAGCGGCUGUGUGUGUGUCUCCCUGGGUAA